AUGUCAUUAGGAGUUGAUUUUGAGUAAUACUAAUUUGAUAGAAGACUUAAAGAAUUACAAGAUAGAGUCUUCACCUUAAAUCAUAGAGCACCAUAAGGUUAUAACUUUUAAGGUAUGCCACCAAGGGAACCUCAACACUUAAAUAAUUAAAUAUUCUAUAAUCCUUCUGGUUAUCCUUUAUAAUAGCCAUAAACAUUUGUACCUUAUAUGCAGAAUUUUAAUCCAUACUAAUAAUAGUACAUGCUCGAUGAAAAGAGCUUAUAAAAGAAAAAGGAAGAAAAAGAAGAAAAAGAAAGAAAAAAAAAUGAAUAGAGAUAACUAGAAUUAAAACAAUUAGAAGAGCAAUUAAUAAAAAAAUAAGAAUUGAUGAUAUCUAACAUGAAGAAGGAUAUCUUAGAUUAUAUAGAUCCCUAUAUCUAUGGGUAAUAUCAUAAUUACUAUAAUUACUCUCAAUAGUAACAAAAUUACUUACAGUAAUAAAAUUAAAACUUCCCCAUUCAACAUCAGAAUCAAGUUCCUAUAUAUUCUCAGAGUCCUCCCCCAAUAAAUAUUUAACCGUCUUAAUACAUGUAAUAAUAUUAAAAUCCUUACGUUGCUUAAAAUUUGAAUGGAAUACCUUAGCAAAUCAAUAACUCUUAGUUCUCCAAAGUUGGAUAGUAGUCAAUGUAGAAGAUUGAUAAUUUAUUAACCGGAAUUUGA